AUGAAUGCUGUUAAGUUGAAGGAGACGGGCAAGGGUGGCGGCGCGGCGGCGGCGGCGGCGGCGGCGGUGAUCCUGGAGGAGCUGAGGAAGAAGAUGGCCGACUUCGCCAGGGAGAGGGACUGGGAGAAGUACCACAGCCCGAGGAACCUCCUGCUUGCUCUGGUGGGUGAGGUGGGGGAGCUCUCUGAGAUAUUCCAGUGGAAAGGGGAGGUGCCCAAGGGGCUGCCCGGGUGGGAAGAGAGGGAGACGGAGCACCUCGGUGAGGAGCUCGCCGACGUGCUCCUCUACCUCGUCCGCCUCUCGGACAUGUGCGGUGUUGACCUGGGCAAGGCCGCGCUGCGCAAGAUCGACCUCAACGCUCGCAAGUACCCCGCCGGGCCAGGCUGCAGGCCAUCCAAGAAGGGCGUCCACUGCUCCGACGACACCGGUGACAGCCGUGAUGAUCACGGCGACGUGGUGGCUGUCGUCCGCGCCGACGAGAUCAAGGAGGAACAUGCUAGCUAA